GAGAAACGCAACAAGAAGGACUAUACAUCCUCCAACUCUGUGGGAAAUAACCAGCAUAGCUCACGGUAGUUGAUGCUUGUAGCCACCCAAUUUUACCCUAUAUCGAUAUCAACCCAGCGUUUUUACCGCGACAGCAACAACGAGAAGCAAGGAAGCAUCUUUUUUUCCUUUUUCGUGUCGCAAACCGGAUCGAGCUUGUUGGGCAGGUGCAUAAGGAUAUACACCGCAGUUGCCGCAUCCCAUCUCACCUCGCGAAACCAACGCCAUGGUGGAAAAAUUAGUAUAUAAAGAGCACCAUUGACUACAAGAAUUGGAACAACCAACGACACUAUGGCUCCCGUUCAAGGGUACAUGACUUCCUACUCCCCUCGCCUCCGCCAGUACGCGAACGCGCUCCUCACUCCAUCCAUUCCCCCUUCACAAGGUGCACCUGGCGCGCGGACGACGAAACGUGGUACCAUCGCCAUAAACUAUGCGGAGGAUGGGUACGACGAUGAUGACUUUGACGAUAGCGAGGGACCACGACGACCGACGGGAUUGAGGAGUUUGAGGAGGGAGGAACUAAACCCGGAUAGAGGGCCGGCGGGGGAGAAGUUGGGGACAGAGAUAUUCCAACCCGUCGAUGUGCAACCGAACUUUAGGGAUUGGGUGGUUAAAAAGGUUUUGAAGCCGGCGAGGAAGAAACAGCUGAGCACACAAGCACAACUCCCAUUAACCCUAGUGCCCAUCCGUAUCGAUCUCGAAGUACCCGCCUACCAACCCGCAGAACCAUUCCCUUUACCGCGAAACUAUCUAGAACUGGGUAUCAACCCUGCCUCGCCCGCCUAUCGAAAACCAGAACCAGCGCCUGCUUAUCGAAUUAAGGAUACCUUUCUCUGGAAUCUACACGAAGCACUCACGACACCCGAAGAAUUUGCUACAACCAUGGUGCGCGAUCUAGAUCUACCAAAUCCGCAAGCAAUGACCGUGGCGAUCUCCAACCAGCUCCGCCAGCAACUGGAAGAGUAUGCCGGCGUCGCAUUACACCCCCUAUUCCAAAGCCCACAGCAACAAACAAUUACAAACCCCCAGGCAGCCUCCUCGAGAGGCGUCUCCGCAACUCCCGGUGCCACGAGCGCCCCAACGCCCGCUUCUCUAGCAGACACGAGCCCCGGAAAGGGCAGCGUAAUCGUAUCCUCCCAGCAAGCCACCACGGAUGACAACGAACUAAACCCCGACGACGCCUACCGCUGCGUCGUGAAUUUGAACAUAAACCUACAAAACAGACUCUAUACAGAUAAAUUCGAAUGGUCCCUACUCCACCCGCAAGGACUCGCCGAGGAAUUUGCGCGCGUGACAUGCGCAGAUUUAGGCCUGGGCCCCGAAUGGGUCAGCGCCGUGGCGCAUGGUAUUUACGAGGCCGUGUUGAGGUUGAAGAAGGAAGUCUGUGAGAGCGGUGGGUUGAUUAGCGGGCUGGGCGGAUAUGGAAAUGAGAUUGAUAACCAGGCUGCAAAUGGGCAAGAGGCUGGGUGGCGCUAUGAUCCAGAUGGACUGGGCGAUGAAUGGGAGCCGAAGGUGGAGACGUUGUCGAAAGAGGAGAUUGAGAAGAGGGAGGGGGAUCGGGAGAGGCAGAUUCGCCGAUUGCGAAGGGAGACAGCGAGGUUUUCGUCGACGAGUGGGAUUGCACCGGAGUUGACGAGGCAGCAGAGUUCGUCUGGUGGUGGGUAUUUUGAUAUUCCCGAUGAGCCGAUGGGGAGGGGUGAGAGGAGUAAGAAAAAACGUCGGUUCCGGAGUAUCAGCCCGCUUGGGGGGAGGAGUGGGACGCCUGGUGGCGGUGGGAGGGGCACGCCGGAUACCGGGGCAGGUGCUGGGUAUGGUGGCGGUGGGGGGACGCUUAGUGACUGGGAGAGACAAACAUGGCGCUGUGCUAAUUGUGCCGUUUGGGGCACAGCGGUUUGGGCUGUUAGAGAUGGACCGGCUGGGCCAAGGACAUUAUGCCACAGCUGCGGCUUGCUAUAUGAACGUGAUAAGCGGAUGCCAGUAUGGUCCAUGGCACUGCAUCGCAUUGAUAUACCCGUUGGGCGUUGAUUUCAUAAUUUAUUUCGAUUUUGAUUUCUUUUACAGAAAAGAAAGGGACAAGUCCGAAUGGGAACUGGAAUAGGAAUUGGAACUGGAGUCGGAUGCGUUGUGCGGAACCUCCGUCCCCCUCCCGCCCCCCCUUUUUUCCCCUUUAAGGACUCUUUUUGUGGUUUGCCAUAUUCGAGUUACAAACAAAAUACGUACAGAGUACAUGUAAAACGACUUUUAAUUUUGAUUGAUAUGAUCUGGUGUACCUGACUGACCAAUUGCUCACCAUGAUAUGUGAGAAGCAUAGUCCUUUUUUUUUUUUUUUUUUCUCCCUAUAUGUAACUGUAUCUUGUGGAAUCAGCUUGAUGUGUUGAAAUGUAUAUCAUGUAUGAGAAAUCCGAGCACGUUUUCCUUUACUUCACACACAUGGUUAGUUGGGUGGCGCGGAAAACGGAAUAUUUAUUUCUUCAGUCGAGAUAUGUUUAAUUUGGUUUACUUCUGGAAAACUACGAGUAGAGUCGAUGAUUUGACUGACUGCUUUUUACGUAUGCAGAAGUUGUUCCUAUUAUUUCUUCUAUGCGUCUGAAUUCAACUUGAAAUGUUUAGCUACGGUCAUGGAAGAGUUUAUCUUCAAAAUAUGUAUUUUAUUUUAUCGUUGAAUAUUUGGUCCGCGUAUAUAUACAUAAAGCCUAUCUUCCUUCUUU